UAAUGUGAUUGUAAUGCUUUUCCUGUCCAUUUUGUGGUACAAGUAGAUUACUGUGUCCCUUUAAAAUAUUCGAAGGCGGAGUCGUCAACGAAAACCUUGACAGGGAAAGAAAUUUGAGCUGGGUUUUGCUGGUCGUUGCUCAGCGUUGUCACAACUCCCCGUCUGUCACUGAACGGGGCUGUGUUGUCAGCUGGCAGGCACCGACACUGGAGAGCCACUAACUGAAUGAAACACUCGCAUUCGUUUUUUAGUGGCUAGAUGAGGUAGCCUAUCGAGUGACAGUGACGGUGAUGAGACAUAAUCUCUUUUGCAAAGAUAAAAAAGAAAGCGGUGGUGUUGUCGCAAGGCAUCUUGGCUGUUCUCUCCCUACCCGACUGGAUUGCUCGGAAAUAUUUUUUAGAGUCACACUGUAGUUUUGUCUUACAGUUGUUUUAUUGAUCAUUGAAAAAAAUGCCUGUCUUCAUUUGCUUCUACGUUAACAAAUUAAUGCAAUCAGUAGCAAGCUAACCAUCGUCAUUGGCAUCACUGGGACGGCGGGAUACCGUUCCACAUCUCCGGUGAAAGAAAACGAAUCACAUUGGAAGACAAUUGAGGCUAAACUGAACUGGGCCUCCUGCAGAGAUGUCAAAGACUACGAGGUCUGCCUCCAGGUCUCGCUCCCGAUCCCGCUCGGGGUCCCGCUCCAGGUCCCGCUCCUAUUCCCGCUCCCGCAGUCGCUCGCCGUCACGGCCCAGGAAGCGGCGCUACAGCUCCAGGUCUCGCUCACGCUCAAGAUCCCAUUCUCCAGCCCACAACCGCGAGAGGAAUUACCCGCGGGAGUACCAAAACAACAGAGAGUUCCGGGGCUUCCGAGGCUCUCGGCGGCCCUUUUUUCGUGGUCGAGGACGGGGCUAUUUCCCCCGCGGCCGCUUCCAGAGAGGCCGAGGCGGCAACUUCAACAACUACCGGAACAACAACUGGCAGAACUACCGUCAGUACCCCCAGCAGCAGCAGCAGCAGCAGCAGCAACAGCAACAGCAGCAGCAGCAGCAGCAGCACAGCCACAACUCCAACCACAGUCCCAAGAGGGGACGCUGUCGCUCCCCAAAGAAGCGGUCCGGCAGCCCGCACUCCCGCAGCUACUCCGAUGACUCCUCCCGCCACUCCUCCUCUUCCUCCUCCUCUGGAGCCUCCUCCUCUAAAAAGAGAUCAGGCUCCCACGCCAACAAGCGCAGGAGCAAGAAUGUGAAGGAGGACAACCCCACCUCCAAGGAGAUCCCGAAAGGAGCGGAGGGAGGUGGGGAGCAGGCGGAGGCAGAGGCUGAGGUUGGCCCAGGGGCAGGGGCAGGGGCAGGUGAGGAGGUGGGCUCUGGUGGCUGGCAGGAGGUGACAGAGCUUUCUUCUUCUAGUCCCAAGAAGUCCAGCCCACUAUCAUGUGGUCAGGGAUCAUCAAUGCCUGUUAGCCAGAAAAGCCCCUCUCCCAAAGGUUCUAAUGCCCCCAGCAAUGGCACCUCCAUCUGGCGGGGUACUGGUUGUGCAGCCUCCACUAAAAGCCCCCCAAAGAAAAGCCCUCCAAAGAAAAGCCCCACACCUGUCUCGACUGGCUUUGGCUUCUCGUCCAAAGAGAGCAGAGGAGAUGAAAAAGCCAUCUCCACUGCCUUUAAAAAGUUCCUUGAGGAACAGAAGAGCAGACAGGCCAGUGAGUUUGAGAAUGGCAGGGAGGAUGAUGCCGUUGUGGAGAACAAUGCUCUGAGAGAGAAAGGCAGUGGCAUGUCCACAGGUCACAUCUUUGAAAAGGGGCCUAACCUUAGCUUCUCCAAGUUCUCCAAUCACAACGGCAAAGUAGCCAAAGAACGGUACUCGUACGACGACUUCACCAUCCAUGCCUCAUCCAACAACUACUCCAAGGGUCCUCCCUUUCAUGGGGACGAGAAUGGAGAAGAUCAUCAUGAUGAAGAUGAUGAUGAUGAUGACGAAAACGAGGAGGAGGUGGUGACAUCUCAACAUCCAAUGAUGGAGGCAAAGGUUGAAGUAGAGGCGCCGAAGCGCAAAGGCAAGGCCUCGCUGUCGGCCCGAGAGCUGUUUGACCUGGCCUUCUUCCACGCCUCCCAGGACGAUGGCGACCUGGAGCUGCUGGAAGAGCAGCUGUUCCCAAACCGUAAGCAGGAGCGGGCGGCCGCUGUCGCCGCGGCGCUGGUCAGGAGGGAGAUGGCGGGGAUGCUGCAGGGAGCCGCCAUCUCCACAGAGAAAGGGCCUAAGGCCAGGAGGAUGGAGAAGGCCACCUCCAGCCUGGCGUCCACUGCCCCAGCCCAGGCCCCCUCCCAGAGGCCGGGGGAGAACUGGGGCAUGGACGUGCUAAUGGGCAUGAGAGAUAAGUCCCCACCCAGGGUGACUGGGAAAAGGGGAAUAGAUGUGAAUGUGCGAAUGGACUCUCUCAACGACAACAUGUCGAGCUCAAACAAUCUUCUUGAGAGCGAGAGACACCUGACGCACCCCACUAAAAAGCAGGAGCAGGAGGUCCACACUGUCUUCAAGCGCUCUCAGGCUGCCCAUGUCUGCCGCUGUUCCUCUGACCUCUUCUCUCAACACAUCGUCACCAUUGUCCACAACGUCAAAGCGCAACACUUCUCCUCCUCUGGAAUGACUCUAAAUGACAGAUUCGCCAUGUACCAGAGAAGAGCUGCAGAGAGGGAAAUAACCAAGGCAAGAAAAAGCCCAGAAAUACACAGGAGAAUUGAUGUUUCUCCCAGUGCUUUUAAGAAGCACGCGCACCUGUUUGAGGAGAUGAAAGACCUCGGGGAGAGCAGCUACAAGGCCAAAAGCAAAAAAAACAAAGGCGACUCACUGGAUCUGCGACAGGACAUAGAGCGCCGCAAAAAAUACUCCAGUCGCGACACUGAGAGCAAACGCGAGCGAGGGAGAGACUCAGGAGAGUCCACAGACUCGAGCCGAGCGAGAUCCACAGAGAAGACAUCCAAGCACCACAAGAAACACAGGAAAAGCAAGAAGAAGCGGGAACGCUCUCGUUCUUCAUCCUCCUCCUCCUCUCAUUCCAACAGGGGGGAUGACUACUCAAAGGAGGAGGCAGGCUUCAACAAGUCCCGCCUAGGACCCCCUGAUCACCGGGGCCCCAUGGAGAGAGGACGGGGCCGAGGAGGCUUUCAGCUCAGAAUAAGAGGAAGGGGAUGGAGCAGGGGAAAUUUCCAGAACAAAAGUAAUGGAAAUGGCCCUGGCAUGAGUGUGCCAGUGCAGAUCAAGAGCGAGGACAGGGAUCCAGAAUUCACCCCCAAGAGCAGGCCGUACUACCUGCACGACGAUAGGGAAGGAGAGAGGGACAAGCGGUGGGUGGAGAACCGCGGACGCGGUCGUGGCAGCUUCGUCCGCAGCGGCGGUCGGUUCCUGUUCCGCAAGGCUGCCCCCUCCGUCACCACCACCACCGCCACCAUGACCACCACCAGCACCAGCAUUGGUUCUGGCAACACCAACAGCCGCUGCAGCCCCAAAUGGACUCACAACAAGUUCAAAGGCAGCGCAGAGGAGGGGGAGGUGCCUGACGACGACACAGACCAGGACCACAAAGAAGACGGCAACACUGGGGUGGCACUCAGCUCUGGCCAGUGAGAGGUUAAGGGUUCUGAUGAUAACACCCUAUGAACUUUGACCCGGAAGCAAAUCAUCAACUCGGCAAUCAUGCUCUUAUUCGCUGCAGUUGUGGAGAUAGUGCUUGUCAGGGCAGCGAGACAGCUUUGCUUGUGCAACACCUUACCGUAGAUGAGCAAACCCUUAUCGACGAAAGCAUCAAUGAUUCAGUCUUAACAGAAAAGGGGCAAGACUGUUCUUUCACUUCUAGAGACAGUGUGGAUUUGUUCCAAGAAUGGUUAUGUGGUAUCCUCUGUCAAGUUGAAUUUACUACAAAGUAGUGCAUUGUCUCUGCUAGGACAAUGAAUGGCUGUAUUCCAAAAGCAGUGAAAUUUGCUGAACCAGUGAAUUUGGAAAAGUUCAUUUUACAUGAGUAUCACGUAAUGGUGAUGACUGGGUCUUGUUGAGACGUCAGGAUUCUUUUCUCUUCAUUUAGAUCUCACUUUUCUUUUGCAAAGCACAAAACCAUAAGGAUAGUCAUGCCUCAGAUAGGUAUAUAGUACAUAAGUUGUUAGGAGAAUGAAAAGACACUAUAUAUACACUAAAUAUAUAGUAGACCAGGAAAAAUAUAUUUAUUGUAGUAAUAAAAUCAUGAAAUUGAGCUGAAAUCAAUUCUAUAUUUCAUUAUGUAUAAAUGACCCUGCGUUUCCAUUGAAUAGUAUAGCACCUCCUUAUUCUAGAGGCACAGAGGCAGAUCCAAACAAUGCUGAGAAAAAACAUUAAAUGUCACAAUGAGUGAGAGUAUGUGUGAAGUCACAACAAAGGUCAAAACAAUCCUCCCCUAAGGUCAUGCCAGAAGGCUUUGGAAAUGAAUAAUGAUACAGAAAGACACAUGAAAGCUGCUUAAAGUUUGUGAAAGAGGCCUGAGGGAAGACCUAAGAUCGGUGACGUUCAGAAUGCUUGGACCUCUUGUUGUAAGUGGGACCAAAUGAACAGAGGUCUAACCAAAGUUAACAAGUUGAGAGUACUAACUGUCUGUUGGAAGUGGCAAUUUCUUUUUUUCUUUUUAUUAUUAUUAUUAUUAUUAUUAUUAUUUCUUGUUGGGGCUGUUUUUAAUAGUCAUUUUAAUGUGUAAGUCAGCCUCCUACGUUUGGAGCGUGUUGAGUAUAGGCCUCUGGUCCUGUGGAGAGAACUGCCUGUAUGCAGUAAGGGCUAGAGUACAAUGUGCCUCCGUAAUAUUUGUGUAGAUUUCCCUCGUUCACAUUAACUAAGUUGUAAACACAGUAACUAAGUUGAUUUGGGGUGGCUGUUUUUACUGUAGAUGAAAUAAACUUGGAGAUAUAGUGUUGACAUGAUGUAUGUACUUAUAGAGGCAUUUUUAAAUUUCUUUUUAAAGCUUUUGUUCCUUGUGUCUUGUUUAUUUUUAUAUCUUCACCAGCAGUGGACACCUGUACAGUGGAAGAGAGUCCACUGCGACACCUAGGAACUUGGAAAUAAAUAAAAUAAUUUAGCAAUUAUUAAAGGAGAUCAAUACAUAGAGAGAAUAUAAGUGCUGUUGAAAAACUGUACUUAAAAAAAAUUACAAUCUACAAUGACUGUUGCACUAAAGUGACCUGUAUGUCUUUUGGGUUCUGGGUUGCACUGUGUCUAUGUAUGGGAUGCACAUUUGGAUUGACAUUUUUUGUGGCUUAGGGGUUCAUUGUUUUUAAUGGUCUUGUAGUUCUUCUUUUCUUUCUAGAUUGUCAAUUAAAACAUUUGAUUUA